AUGGAGAUUCAAGAAAGCCAACAGGAAGCAUGGUCGGAGACAGGGAGCAACGGAAGCAGAAGCACGCGAGUGGGCUUCAGUGGGCCUAUGAGUGGGCCGUUAGUUUCAAACAAAAGGAACAGCAGCAAGAAGAGCGCGAGAUUCAAGGACGAGGAUGACUUCGUGGAGAUAACGUUGGACGUCCGUGAUGACGGCGUGUCGGUCCAAACCAUUCGCGGCGGUGACUCCGAGACGGCGCUGCUGGCCAGCCGUCUUGAGAAACGGCCUUCGUCGUUAUCGGUUCGGCUCAGACAGGUGUCGCAGGAACUCAAGCGCAUGACUUCUUCAAACAAGUUCGAUAAGGUCGACAGGACCAAAUCUGGUGCUGCUCGUGCCCUCAAAGGUCUCAAGUUCAUGACCAAAAACGUUGGAACUAAAGGUUGGUCUCAGGUGGAGGAGCGCUUUGAUGAAUUUGCCGUUGAUGGAAAAUUGCCCAAGACGCGCUUUAGCCAGUGCAUAGGAAUGCACGAGUCCAGGGAGUUUGCUGGUGAGUUAUUUGAUGCAUUAGCUCGUCGUCGGGGCAUAACAUCAGCUUCCAUAACCAAGGAUGAGUUGCGCGAAUUCUGGGAACAAAUUACGGAUCAGAGCUUUGAUUCAAGGCUUCAGACCUUCUUUGACAUGGUGGACAAGAAUGCUGACGGACGAAUUACCGAAGAAGAAGUUAAAGAGAUUAUCGCCUUAAGCGCUUCCGCUAAUAAGCUGUCAAAAAUACAAGAACGUGCAGAGGAAUAUGCAGCCCUUAUCCUGGAGGAGUUGGAUCCAGACAACCUUGGGUUCGUUGAGCUGUACAACUUGGAAAUGCUUCUUCUGCAAGCCCCAGCACAAUCAACCCACAUAACCACGGAUAGUAGGGUUCUGAGUCAAAUGCUGAGCCAGAAACUAGUCCCUACCAAAGAGCACAACCCCAUAAAGCGGGGCUUCAGGUCACUGGCCUACUUCAUCGAGGACAAUUGGAAACGGAUUUGGGUUAUAGCACUCUGGUUUUCCAUUUGCGCUGCACUUUUCACUUGGAAGUUCAUCCAGUACAAAAACCGUGCCGUGUUCCACAUCAUGGGCUAUUGUGUUACAACAGCCAAGGGUGCCGCUGAGACACUCAAGUUCAACAUGGCUUUAAUCUUAUUACCUGUUUGCAGAAACACCAUCACUUGGCUCAGGAGCAAAACCAAGUUAGGCAUGGCGGUUCCCUUUGAUGACAAUCUCAACUUUCACAAGGUGAUAGCUUUCGGCAUUGCAAUUGGUGUUGGGCUGCAUGCUAUUUCCCAUUUAACCUGCGACUUUCCGAGGAUGUUACACGCAACAGACGAGGAAUAUGUGCCCAUGGUGCCGUAUUUCGGGCGUGAGAGGCCCAACAAUUAUUGGUGGUUCGUGAAAGGGACCGAGGGUUGGACCGGGAUAACCAUGGUGGUUCUUAUGGCUAUAGCCUACACUUUGGCUUUACCUUGGUUCCGACGAAACAGAUUAAACCUUCCCAAAUUUCUAAAGAAGCUCACUGGUUUCAACGCGUUUUGGUACUCCCAUCACCUCUUCGUCAUCGUCUAUGCGCUUUUCAUCGUUCACGGAUAUUACCUAUACCUCUCCAAGGACUGGUACAAGAAAACGACUUGGAUGUAUCUUUGCGUUCCUGUGAUUCUAUACGCAUGCGAACGACUACUUCGUGCUCUUAGGUCCGGCAACAAAAGUGUCAAGAUUUUAAAGGUUGCGGUGUACCCAGGAAAUGUAUUGGCUUUGCAUGUGUCUAAACCACCGGGAUUUAAGUACUCUAGUGGACAGUAUAUUUUCGUUAACUGCUCAGAUGUCUCUCCAUUUCAAUGGCAUCCCUUUUCUAUUACAUCAGCUCCGGGAGAUGACUACGUAAGUGUUCACAUUCGUUCUGCGGGUGACUGGACAACACAGCUGAAGGCCGUUUUUGCCAAGGCAUGUCAGCCAGCAAGUGGUGACCAAAGUGGUCUUCUACGUGCUGAUAUGUUACAAGGCAACAAUAUACCAAAGAUGCCAAAGCUCUUGAUUGAUGGUCCUUAUGGAGCUCCAGCACAAGAUUACAAAAAUUACGAAGUAAUCCUUCUUGUGGGCCUAGGAAUUGGUGCCACCCCUUUGAUUAGUAUACUCAAAGACGUACUAAACAACAUUAAACAACAGAAAGACAUAGAAGAAGGAGUGGUAGAGAGUGGAGUUAAGAACAACAAGAGAAAACCUUUUGCCACCAACAGAGCAUAUUUCUAUUGGGUUACUCGUGAGCAAGGUUCCUUUGAAUGGUUUAAGGGUGUGAUGGAUGAGGUUGCUGAGAAUGACAAGAAUGGAGUAAUCGAGCUUCAUAACUAUUGCACGAGUGUGUAUGAGGAAGGAGAUGCUCGAUCGGCUUUGAUCACAAUGCUUCAGUCCCUCCACCAUGCCAAAAAUGGUGUGGAUAUAGUUUCAGGGACAAGGGUCAAGACACAUUUUGCUAGACCAAAUUGGCGCAGUGUCUUUAAACAUGCAGCCCUCAAACAUCCUGGCAAAACAGUUGGUGUUUUUUACUGUGGGGCACCCGGAUUGGUUGGGGAACUUAAAAAACAUUCUCUGGAGUUUUCCAGGAAAACCAACACCAAGUUCGAUUUUCAUAAAGAGAACUUUUAGAUUCUUCUCUCAUAUAGUUCGUUAUUUUUUUCCAACAGUAACGUAUACAGUU